CAUCAUCUAAAACUUCCCCAGAGCCUUUUGCAGCAAAUUACAUUUCAUCAAGUACUUACAUCUAGAAGUAGAUUCCUUUAAUAUCAUCAUUAUGGAUUUUAAGGGCAUCACUAUCUGACACUUGCUAGAGUUUGUUGCACUCAUUGGCUGGAAACUACCAAUCAAUUUUCAGGAUACCACAUCAAAUCUUAAAUAUGGGGAUCCUAAGGCUACUGUUAACUAUCCUUCUUCUUGGAGUCACAGCGUUCGGUCAAUAUGAAGGCAAUUACUUUGAGAAUGAAUAUGAAAAUGAAAUAGAUAAUGAAUAUCCAUCCAUUUUUUAUCAAGUUCCAAACGUAGACUACACCAUUUCUCACUCCACCACACCCCUUAAGUGUGCCAAAGAAUGCUUUUGCCCACCUACUUCCCCACUAUCAAUGUACUGUGAUAAUCGUAAACUUCAGAUGAUACCAAGCAUUCCCUCUCACAUCCAACAACUCUAUCUGCAGUAUAAUGAUAUUGAAGCUGUUCCCAUGGAAUCCUUUGUUAAUGCUACUGCUUUGAAAGAAAUUAACCUCAGCCACAACAAAAUCAAGUCUCAUAUGAUUGACACCGGCGUCUUUGCCAAACUUUCAAACCUAGUGCAACUCCACUUAGAAUACAAUCUGUUAGAAGAAAUUCCAUUCCCUCUACCGGGAAGCUUAGAACGACUGAUCCUGGGUUUCAAUCAAAUUACUAAGUUGCCCAACAGAGCCAUAGAAGAUUUAGUAAACGUGACUAUGCUUGACCUCUGCAACAACCAUCUUGAAGAUUCUCAACUCAAAGGAACACAUUUUUCAAAUAUGAAAAACCUAAUGCAGAUCAACCUCUGCAACAACAGACUACAAUCUAUGCCCCCUGAUAUUCCCAUUUCACUUAUGUACCUUUCCCUUGAAAAUAACUCAAUAUCAUUCAUUCCAGAUAAUUAUUUCCAGAAGCUUCCAAAACUUACUGCUCUAAGAAUGUCAUACAACAAUCUACAAGAUGUUCCUUAUAAUGCUUUUAAUCUUCCUAAUCUUGUGGAACUCAAUCUUGGGCACAACAAACUGAAGAAAGCAUUCUAUGUUCCAAGAAGCUUGCAGCAUUUGUACAUAGAAGAUAACGAAAUAGAAGCCAUAAAUGUUACUUUAAUGUGUCCUUCCAUUGAUCCACUACAUCUCCACCACUUAACCUAUAUACGAGUGGACCAAAAUAAGCUCACAGCUCCAAUAAGUACAUAUGCCUUCUUCUGCUUUCCACAUAUACACAGUAUUUAUUAUGGGGAACAAAAAAUUAGUGCCAACCAAACAACACAGCUAAGAACGCCUGUGUUCCGAAGAUAUCUAACAUCAGAAGAGUAUGAUGAAGCACAAGAUGGUCAUGAAGAUCGUGACCAUGAUCAUGAUCACAGAGAAAGAGAAGAAGAUGACUACUUUGAUCCUUACCCAUAUUAAGUGAUUAUAAGAUUCAGUGAAAGUGUAUUAUAAGUAUUUUCUUAUAACUGCAUAUAAUGGCCAUUUUAAGAGGAAACUGAAACAUUUGGAAAAUGCAAAACAUUUGUAAGCCAUCUGAAGUAGGUCAACAUAUGUUGCAACAUGAACCAGCUAUUGUUUAUAUAUAAAAUUUCAAUUCACACAGAAAUGGUACUUCCCAACAUUUCAAAGCAAGCAGUUUUAAUAUUAUGAAAAAAUUCCAACAAUCACACCUGCCAAAUUAGAACUAUAUAACAAAAGAAUCAUGAUACUUUGCUUGUGUAAUGUCUGAUACAAAUAUCCAGGAGCUAAAAAAGAAGGUGGCCCUGUUCUAACAAAAUGUUAAGCCAUGAUGGUUAAGCCUUUUGAGCUAACCAUGAUGGCUUAGUUUGUUGUGUAUAUGGUGUUUUUCCUAACCACAGUGGCUGCAUAACCACAGUUUAACCACCCUCACUAAAUACAUGUUGCAAAACAGUUAGCAGCCCUAACCAUUGUUAGUGUGUUGUCUAU